CGAGAAGGUCUCUCGGGAGGCUGGAUUAGCCACAAGUUGUGGUGAACCAGGGUAAAAUCGGUGUGCCUCUUACUCUUCUCUUUACUUCUCGUUUAUUCAUUUUUUAUUCGCGCAAUUUUUGAUCAAACGCUAUUCACCCCCCCUCCAGCGUUAGUAUCUUAUUCUAACAAUUGGUAUCGGAGCCUAACUCGCGUCCAAACUUAACCGUUUGAGAGUAAAGCGAUCAUGGGCUCUUCUUCUAGAAAUCUCUAUGCAGGAAUUGGAGAAGGUCAAUCAACUUCUAGGCCACCACUCUUUGAUGGCACCAACUACUCUUAUUGGAAGGAACGGAUGAGAAUCUACAUUCGUUCCACCAACUUCCAAUUGUGGUUGGUGAUCAAAAAUGGCGAAGAAAUCCCUAUGAAGAAAGUGGGAGAAACCACGGUCCCAAAGACCAAAAACGAAUUUGAUGCCGAGGACAUCAAGAAGAUUGAAAACUAUGCAAAGGCCAUCAAUAUGCUAUAUUGCACGGUCAACCCCGAUGACUACCAAAAGAUCUCCUGUUGCACAACCGACAAGGAGAUGUGGGACAAGCUUGAAGUGACGUACGAAGGUACCGAUCAAGUUCGCGAAGCCAAGAUCGAUUUUCUCACCCAAGAGUACGAAAUGUUCCGGAUGAAAGAAGGUGAGAAAAUUGAUGACAUGUUCGACCGUUUUUCAAAGAUCAUCAACGACCUCCAUGCUCUCAAAAAGACUUACACCAACAAGGAUCUCGUGAGGAAAAUCCUGCGAAGCCUCACACCCGAAUGGAGGUCAAAAGCCGAUGCAAUCUAUGAAUCCAUUGGAGUCUCCAACGUCACCAUCGAUAGGCUAAGAGCCUCGCCGCCGCCGGUCGCCGCCCAGCCGGUCGCCAAGCCUCCAGUGCCGCCGCUGUGUCCUUCGCCCGUAGCCGUCGCCUCUUUGCCGAUCGACCUCCACUGCCAGCGCCGGUCGCUCGCCGCCGGAAGCCCGCCGCCAUCGUCGCCGUCCAAUUGGAGCAGCCAGCCGCCGGCGUCGCCGCUCACCGCCGCCGUCGAUUGCAGCGCCGCCGCUGCUUCCUUCGCCAGUAGCCGCCACUCAGCGUCGCCGAGCCUCCAGCCGCCGUCGCCGAGCUUCCAGCUGUUGUUUCACCUUCGCCGGUCGUCCGCCUCCAGUCGCUGCCCAGCGCCGCCGACGACGGUUCACCUCGUCGUUCUGCCGGACGUCGCCUCCACUGCCGGCGUCCUUCCCCGCCGUCGAUUGCAGCGCCGCCAGUUGCUGCUCACCGCCGUCGAGUUGCCGCUACGCCACUGUCGCCGGCGUCCGUCACCGACGCCGCAUCCGGCCGCUGCCCCGAGUUGAUAUUGCCUGCAGAUUAACCUCCAGGCCGGAUUGAUUGGUCGAUUUCGCAUUUUGACUCGAUUUGACCCGUUCGUUUGAUUUCGUCGAUUUGCCUUCCGUUCGAGCUAUCGAUUCGAUUUCGACGUAAACCAGGUCCGUACUAUGAAGUUAAUAGCAUUCAGAAUAGAUUUAAUGGUUUGGA